AUGUGGUCCUCAUUGGCACUUACACCGCUGCUGGCUUCGGUCAUUCUGGCGACACGCGGCACUGUGCCAGAGGGCGUGCUGCAACUCGCCAUUGAGACCGAGCCAGAGCCUGUCUCCCCAUGGACGCACAUCGGCCUGGCAGGGAAGAGACAGACCGAGAUGGUCAAGAUGAUGAUUGACACUUCGUCGCAUGAGACGUGGGCGAACCCCACGUGCGCGAGAGCGUCCAAUCCCGCCUAUUGUGCCAGCCUGGCGCGCUUCACCAUGAGUUCGACACUGAGAGACAUGGGCUCAUUCGGGACCGCGACGUAUCCCGAAGGCUCCGCAAGUUGGGUAUAUGUUUCUGACUUUGUCAAGAUCGGAUCUGCCACCUUGCCCCAGCAAAUCCUCGGCGCCGUAUAUUGGGUAGAAUUGCAUGGGAUCACCGUAAGCUAUGGCGGCAAUGUUCCACGGAAUCAGAACAUCUUCAAUGGCCGCCAGGUGAUCAGCUUGGACAGCAGCUCCUACUUCUCCAAACUGCCUCCUGCAAUCUUCGAAAACCUGAUCAUGGAAUUUCCCUCGGCCACUUCUGACCCAUCCAGCUCGCGAUACAUCAUACCAUGCUCGGACGCCGAUACCGACGCAACAAUCAACUUUGACUUUGGGGUCAAUUCCAUCAAUGUGCCGCUGAGCGACUUCAUAGUCAACCUGCAAGGCACCUGCUACCUCGGCGCAGUUCCAAGCACAGGCAAUCCAUCGUUGGGCGCAAGCUUCUUGAGGGCCGCGCUGUUCUCCCGAGCCUACUCCCGAGCCUACUCCCGAGCCUACUCCCAAGCCUACACCAGCAUCUUCACCAGCGUCUACACCAGCGUCUUCGCCAGCUUCUUCACCAGCUUCUUCACCAGCGUCUUCGCCAGCGUCUUCACCAGCGUCUUCGCCCACUUCCUCACCCGCCUCGACUCCUGUCAGCACUCCCAGCACCACGUUAGCGACCCCUAA